CCACGGGAAGCGCUGCGCACCUCCUGCCCGCUGGCCCCGCCGCGCGCGCUUCUCGAUGACGCCGACGCUGCUUCUCCAAUCCCGGACAUUCGGGUGACCGAGCUCGUGAGAGCGUGGGUCUCGGGGAAAUCCGGACGCCUCCCCUCGUGGAUGCAUUUAUGGGUGCAUCGGGCGCAGGAGUAGCAAGCGUGCUUAUGGCUAGAGUGAGGAGUCUCCUUGGCAGUUUUGGAUCCCUGCCUCCUGAAAGAAUAAGAAGGGUUGAAGGAUUUUUUCCCACCUUUGAAAAAGUAGCUGCUGAACAAGGUCCAGGAAACAGCAGAAUAACAGUUGGAAGGCACCUUGGAGGUGAGCAGCACAAUGUCUGAAAAUUCGUCUGUGAAGCUGGUGGGCAUCACUCCUCUGCAGCAGAUGUUGGCAUCUGGGACUGGAGCUCUUUUCACCUCCCUUUUUGUCACACCUUUGGAUGUAGUGAAAAUCCGAUUGCAGGCUCAGAGAACCCCAUUCUCUAAAGUGUUGUCAGUACAGUCUAUGCCCUGGAGCAUUCACCAGCCCAAAUGGAAAUGCUUCCUUUACUGCAAUGGCCUCAUGGACCAUCUCUAUGUUUGUCAGAAUGGAAACAGCUGCACAGCCUGGUAUAAGGCUCCCACUCACUUUACCGGCACUCUGGAUGCUUUUGUGAAGAUAAUACGGCAUGAAGGUGUUCGAUCCUUGUGGAGUGGCCUGCCACCUACUCUAGUUAUGGCUGUCCCUGCUACCGUGAUCUAUUUCACUUCUUAUGAUCAACUACGUGAUUUGUUGCAUGUUAAGAUGAACAGCCAAGGACACUAUAUCCCACUGGUGGCUGGUGCAGUUGCCAGAUUGGGUGCAGUAACUAUGAUCAGCCCCUUGGAACUCAUACGAACAAAAAUGCAGUCUCGUCAGCUGAGCUACCGGGAACUUAGUGUCUGCAUCCAGUCUUCAGUGGCGCAAGAUGGAUGGACGUCUCUUUGGAGGGGCUGGGGUCCUACAGUGUUACGGGAUGUUCCUUUCUCAGCUCUGUAUUGGUAUAACUAUGAACUAAUGAAAGAUCUGCUGUGUGGGCAGUUCUGCCUUGAUGAAGCCACUUUCAUGAUCAGUUUUGCAGCUGGAGCUAUUUCUGGCAUGGUGGCUGCUACUUUGACUUUGCCCUUUGAUGUUGUAAAGACCCAGCGACAGAUUGAGCUAGGAAACAUGGAGACGCUCCAAGUUACUACUCCCAAAUCCACAUCAACUUGGCUACUUAUGCAGAAGAUUUGGGCAGAAUCUGGCACACGAGGACUCUUUACAGGUUUUCUGCCUCGUGUUAUCAAGGUGGCUCCAGCCUGUGCUAUCAUGAUUAGCACAUAUGAAUUUGGCAAGACCUUCUUCCAGAAAAUGAACCAGGAACGGCAGUUAAGUAGUCUAUAGAAGCCUAUAAACAGAGCUUUGGAUGGUGGCCUCCAGAUGGACCAAAGAAAUGCUGAUAGCAAGAGAAAGGACACAUUUUGGUAGAUGAAAAAGAAAAAAAAAAGAAAGAAAGAAAACCAAAUUUGUGAAUAGGGUUGGAUAUAAAAGCGGACCCAGCUGUGAAUAAUAUUAAUCAAGAUUGAGAAGACCACAUAACCAAUAAAUCUCUUGCUUCCUUUCCUUAUAGGAUUUCUCAUUCAUCAGGCAAAUUCCAGGUGCCUUUAGCUAGCUUCUGGUCUCCUGCCUUUCUCUUUUUCCUGAUGGACAACUAAGCCUCUUGGCUUUAGACCCUCUCCUCUUUAGGUACUGUCAAGAUUGGAUGCUAUAACUUUUGGCUCAUUUGAAGAGGAGAUGCUCCAGAAUAUAUUGUGUUUAAACCAAUUGCAUAGUAUGAUCCUGGAGUGUUGGGAUUGUUGGUCAGUUGAAAAAGGAAAAAAAGCGGGGGGAGAAAACAGUCUAGCAUUGUCAUGCCCACUGCUUCAUUACUAUUAUUAUGAUUUUGGGUAGGUCUUCAGAGUAAAAGUUGCUGGUAGACAGCAGAUGUUUCUAUAUGUAUCUUAAUUUUCAAAGGUUCGAUUGGCCUGCAUGCUUUUUUUUUAACCUGACUUUUCCUGUGCAUGACGAAUAUAGUUGUCUAAAGUUGCAAUCCUACAUUGGACUUUUGACAGCUUUGAAUAGAAACACUGAUUUUGAACACUCAGGUUUUGCCCAGCUCUUCCCUUCACGCUGUGACAAACAGUUUGAACUCUGAAAUCUUCACACUGAGUAGCAUGAAUGAAAAUAAAUUAGACUCCUGUUCUCUGGUUCAAUAUUUGCUAUAUUGAAGGAGAGCUGAGAAUAGCCAGCCAAGGUUUGCUUUGAUGCCAGAUAUCUCAUGUAGCAUCAUUAGCAGUUAAUAGUCUUGUCCCUUCUAUGUUGUAAUUUAUGUGUCUGUUGAUUACAUAUUUGUGGAGGGGAAAAGCUGAGCUUUUUAUUUCUUGAAUAAAAUUCACUUUUUUAGCAAAACAACAGUACACAUUACUUGAUUGUU